GAGAGGCGUGUCGGCGUGUCGGCGGAUUGUUUACAUUCGCCGCGGCUCGUCGAGAUGAAUCCUCCGAUGAUCAACUCGACCAACUCCGUGUCAACAACAAAAAGGAAACGAGAAGCUGAGCGCUCUGUUAACUGGACAGUGGAGGAAACUCAGGUGCUGCUGUGCGCCUGGAGCGACGAGCGCGUCCAGAAGAGCUUGGCAGAAAACCUCCGCAACCGCCAUGUCUUCAAACACCUUUCGGCCCGCAUGAGUGAAAUGGGUUUCUCUCGGAGUCCACACCAGUGUCGUCUUCGGGUCAAAACACUGAAGGCUAACUACGUGAGAGCCAAACUACAGAGGAGCGUCGACAGCUCACAGCCUUGCACUUUUAAAUACUUUGCGGAGAUGGAUGCUGUCUUGGGCCGGAGGUCAGGAGGAGGGGUAGGAGGGCCCUGUUUUGUUUCUCCUGAACGGAUGGCGGAGCACCACCAUGACUCUGUUGACAGGACGGGAAGUAUCCCGCAAGAUUUAAAUUCUCAUACGGAGAUUAGUGGACACCAGUUUGGUUCUUUGGGGAGGACCGGAAGACAACGUUUGAGCUCUGUGGAGGGGAGAGGAGGCCGGCAGCCUUGGCAGCUCGACUCUGAAGUCAAGUUGGAGGACAGAGAAGAUUCAACGGAUGAGUUUGAGUUCAGUGAUGCAGGAUUCCCUCAGUGUCCGAGGGACAGAUGCCACGAAGCUUAUCUGGAAUCAUCCGUCCAUCAUGAGAUGAGUGGUACGCCAGUGGAAAACAGCUUGAGCACUCCUUCCCCACAUAUAUUACCACCUCCCUCAUCUCCUCCUCCUCCUCCUCCUCUUACCCAGUCUGCUGCCUCUCCUCUCACUGCACCACCAGACCCAAGUCCAAACACCCUUCCCACCUCUGGCCACCAUCACCUUGAGUCCUCCUGCCUGGAACCCGUCCUCAAGCACCUGUUGGAGAGCUUCCAGCGGCUGGUGUCGGAGACCCGGGGCCUGCUGGUGCAGCUGGAGAGCCAACGGCAGGAGCAGGCUCACUGGCACCAGGAGCUCCUGGCCCAGUGGCUGCAGAGGGAGGAGCGCCGGCAGAGGGAGACCGCUGAGAGGGAGGAGAGGAGGGAGAAAGCUCGCAUGGAGCACGAGAUAAGAGUCCUGGAGCUCCUCACCAGUCUAGCCAGAGAGCACGGGUGUAAAUGUGGAGUCAGCCAGACUGUACCAGAGGCACCGACUGGUCCAAGUAACACCACGAACAAAGACAGAAAUUAGUUUGCACUCACACUAAAGAUUUUUACAGUGUUUAACCCAAAGUGUGGAAUGAUAGUCAAGCUCAGGUGGAACCAGACAACCACAGCAGUGAUAAUGCAAAGCAGCCACAUUCAGGGCAGCUUGGUUUAGGCUUUAACUCUGACUGGUUUGGAGUGAGAUUAGAACUGAACCAAAUACAGGAAAAGAGCCGCAGACUCCAAGAGUCUGUGAGCAUAAGAAGGCGAUUGUUUACUGACAGCCAGAGGUCAGUUGUGCUCUGAAAGCUUUGAACACAAUGUGAAGUAUAAAGGAGAAUAUGCUUUUCUCUCUGUUCUCCGUCACAGCACAGGUCAGGGGAGUUAUUAGGUGUCAGGUGGUUGUACCAAAUGUGAUGGAAUUGUUUCAUGCACUUUCAUAGAAAUUAAAAAGUAGAUAUUUUCAACCACUUUCUGUUUUCCGCUGGAAUGUUUGUCCAUGUGUCCAUGUAGCAGACACUCUGCUGUGACCUGGCUGCUACAGGGGCGACACA